CCCAUACCACCAACUACCUUUUCCUGAAGUGUACGGUUUUUAGAUAUCGUAACGUUUUGCAUAACUUCUCUAUAUAUUAUGAUGUUACAAGGAACUAAUUAAUCGUUAAAACAUUGUUCUUCUUACAAACUAUCCCCAACGUCUGCGAAGGAGACUAUUUAAGUAAUGAAGUAUUUUUGCCGAUCCUUUAGGGCAAUGGAAAGCUGGAAUAUCCGAGACCUGAACGUUGGUGUGGCUAAUGGUGCCGAGAUUGACUUGGUUAUCGCAGAAGACUUUAGUAAGAAUGAUCUUGUGACCUUCUUAAGGAAAUUUGCCGACGAAGAUGGAGAGCUUGGGGGGAAUAUUGUGACAGGUAAGUUUAUUUUAAGCUGUCUGUUGUAAGCUAAGGGGCUACAUGUUUCGGCAUGGCCGACAUGGCAAGGAAGGUGUAACGAUUUUUAUGUUGUGAAAUAAUUAUAAAUCAUUGGGCAUAAACGAAAAUACAAAUUUCCAUAAGAUCUCGUAUGUCAACGAACGUCUACGGUUGUUUAAACUGCCUUUCAUUUGGAGCUAUUACGACAUGUUGAUAUUUCUGUCUCUUAUCUUUUGGGGCUGGUAAGCAGAUAGUCGUGGGCGUACAAGAGGUUGCACACUAUCCCCACCCUCGACAUAAAUUUAUGUAGAAAAAAAAAUUGUAUUGGUCGGGAAAUUUAUCUAGAUCAGGCAAAUUUGUUGUCCGAUCCACCCAUAUAUAUAUCUUCCACCUCCCUUCCCCCGGUUCCGAAAUUUUCUCCUAUACGCCUAUGAAUUAUAUACAUACAUCCACGUGGGCAGUCUAGUUAUCCUGCGAACUUUAUCUGAAUGCGGUUUGUAUUAACUACAUGACACUAUUAAAUCCAACCCAAAAACGGGGUUGCUACGCAAACCUUUCGGGAACUUCUUUUGUGGAUCUUUGCAUCGAUGGCAAAAGGUCUGCUUGGUUUGAUUUGGGGGAGGGGGUGGUGUGGUAGAUAAAUCUUAGGGGAUCUGUGGCAGGCUCCCUCGGAAAAUUCAGUUUAAAAUAUAGAAUUUCUUAAAUGGCAUUUCCUGCGUUCUAGAGAGAAUAUGACAUGCAGAAACUAGAUUAUUUUGUUCUUUAUAAAUUUCAGGCAGCGAAGAAUCUGCCACCUUGAUAUUAAGUCUAUCCACUCUGAUCUUUUUUGGGGGAAGGGGGCUAAUCCCCUUACCCUCCUGGUUCCUCUGCCUAUACCAGUUAGACCAGAAUUUUAUUCCCCAUAUAUGUUGAUAGGAUCAUGAGAAGGUAUGGACAUUUUUGUAUUCUAUUUUAUAAUUUAAUUAAUCAUCUGGUCAACAAAAAGCGCCUUUUAUUCACCCAUUACCUACAGACUGGAUUUCACUUCGGUUUAUACUUGAAACGAUUCAAUUCUCUUGCUAGAAAAAAAGAAAGUCCUUGAUUAAAAAGUGUGUUACCAGUCAAAACGAUCUCCACUCGUGAAUGAUAAAUGUCACUCUUAACCUUUAAAUCCGAAUACGUUCUCUUUUUAAUGUAGUGACCUGUGCAGAUCCGGAGACGUACUCUGCCGCUGUAACAGACCCAGAGAAAUACAACCUACUACGUGUCCGCGAGGGAGGUUGGAGCGAGUAUUUCAUUACGUUCUUUAAGUCUCAUCAAGAACAGCACAGAAGAAGAGUGCGUUACUACUAGGACUGUUAGAAACCUUAUUACUAUUACAGUUAAAAGUUCUAUUACAGUUAAAAGUUGUGUUUAUUACUUUAUUUAAUAUUUAAAAGUAGUUUUAUACGUUAUUACGGACGUACGUUUGUUAGAAGUUUAAUUUCUAACUUGGAAGUAGAGUUUAAACGUUAUUACUGAGACUAUUAGAAGUUUAUUAAUUAUUUCUACUUAGAAGUAGAGAUCUAAACCUUAUUACUAUUACAGUUAAAAGUUGUGUUUAUUACUUUAUUUAAUAUUUAAAAGUAGUUUUAUACGUUAUUACGGACGUACGUCUAUUAGAAGUUUAUUAAUAAUUUCUUCUUAGAAGUAGAGAUCUAAUCGUUAUUAGUAUUACUGAGAGUACUGUUAGAAGUUUAAUUUCUACUUAGAAGUAGAGAUCUAAACGUUAUUACUGAGACUGUUGGAAG